AUGCCAUUUGAGCGCCAGAGGGAGGGCCAAAGAAGCGCUGCCAAAGGCAGCGAAAGCCCGCUCUUGAGCGUGGAAGGCACGAUCACGUCUGUGCUAAAGCACAAUGGCGACGCCCCGCCGGACUUAGUGGGGAGGAGCGUGAAGUUGAAGGUCAUAAAGCGAGGUGACAGAAGCAAGGAUACUGUUCAAGCACUGCUUUGCACACCAGGUCGUUCCAUGCCACCAAGCUACCAAGCUUCGCAUGAAGCUUGUGAAACUUCGCAUGACGUUUCGCCCGAAGCGUUUGAUUCUGCGGCAGCUCGAAUUGUCAGUCUGACGAAGGACGAAGACGCCAGUGACGUGCUUCCUGUUCAGCAAGAGGACGCUGAUUCAGUGGACGAAUUACAUGACAUCGAGCACGGCCUAAACAAGUUGCCACCCAAACAAGUAUGCUUGACACUUGACUCCGAGCGGCCAGUCAUGCAUGCCCCCACAGAUCCAGAGUGGGCAAAUAUGAUGAUCAAAGUGUUGGAGAAAUUGCACCCGCAUCAAAAGUUUAGGAAAACUGCCUUGCGAGCUUGCCGGCGCUACAAAUCAAAUUGGUGGUUGUCAUUCCGGCUGUCUUUCUGGAUGCUGGUGAUCGGUGGACCUGUCAUUGUGUAUCCCGUGGCCGAGUUUUUCAACACCUGGGGCGCCAGGAGCAGCAAAUACAUGGCCAGCUUCGGCGUGGCGAUGCAAAACUUUUGUUAUCUACUUGGGCCUUCGCUUGGGGCUUCGUUGCGCUAUUCCCUGGAGGGCAUCAUUGGGACUAUGCUUGCGCUCGGAAACGUUCUUCUGAUGAACCGUGCAUUCGGUUCGUACCUUAAUGGUGGUGCUUUUGCUACCCGGGAGGAGGUGACGGACCUUGCUCUCGGCCGAAUCAUUUACGCUUCGGAUUGGCUGCCCUUGUGCAACUUGGGUAGCGGGGAGCGCUUUGUUCAGACCAACAGCACGGCAGAGUUCUUGCGGGAGUGCUUCAUGAAUGUCCACUGGAGUGCCUUGGACGAGGGAAGCUUGAGGGCACUGAUCAUCCUGGGAGACUUGGCCCUCUUCACGGGGGUCUUCCUCUGGAUCGGCUUCGGCACGUGCGUGCGCGUCUACUCGCUGAUCUACGUGCUCUACUGGGCCAUGGCCUUCGUGGAUCCCUCAUCCCCGGCUUUCAGCAACGAUCCAAGCGAUCCUUGGACCCAGAGCAUCAUGACCUGUGCCGGUGCCUUCAUCGCGGUGCUUAGCCAGCUCCUGCCCUAUCCGAACGAUGCCCUCCACAAGGCCACAAAGCUCAGCGCGGAGCUCGCCGAGACGCUCAGUGCGGUCUUGGAGGCGCUGCCCUUCGCCGCCACUGCCGAGGUCAACCUCGCCAUCGAGUCGUCCAUAGAUGGGACCAAAGAAUGGCUAUCAGACAUCCAGGAGCACUUAUCCUUCGCGUGGUUCGAGGACUUCGGCUUCUUAGCAUCACGAUGCCGGAGGCGGAAAAAGCUGGAGGCCUACACAGAGCUAAUGGCUGCGCUCUUGCAACAUGCUUCGAUGGCCAACCACUUGGCCACAAAGAUGCCUCCGGGGGACGCUCAAGGCGUCGCAGCUGCGCUGCCCUCCCUCCUAGACGUCUGUAGCAGUGCCGCUAGGGCACUACCAGUCCCUGGCACGUCCCUGGAUGUGCUUGCCGCAGAGGACUUUGAGGAAGCUAUGGAUGCAAUGAAGACUGAGUUUCCGAAGGCGGCUUCCCAGAAAUUGCUCAGGGGAGAGAUGCUGAGCUUUGUGCUGGGUUUAUGCACAAUCGCAUCAGGAACGAUCUUGCGUCUCAAAGUGUUGGACAGUUCUUCGUACGGUACAACCUGGAACCCUUUGAAGUUUCUGUCUGAUCUUGCAAGGAGACUGGAGCUGCCGCAGACUCGAAAGUAUCCAUCACACUUGCGCUUCGUGAUUCGAAGUACGCUGGCGAUGGUAUUGGCUUUCUUGUUUGGCUGGGUUGGGCUAGAGAGAUUGCUGAAUGCCUACACAUCUGGAGCGGCAGUGACAGUCGCCACGGUCGUUUCCACCACCACUGGUGCUGGGUUCUCUCUGGGCUUGAUCACACGACGCCUGAAUGCGGUGGUUGUUGGCACAGUAUUGGGGCACUCCCUGGGCCAAGUUCUCGCAGUGAAGACGGAGUACCAUGCCGCAGUCUUCGCAGCGUGGUUGUGGUUUUACGCAUUUGUUCUGAUUUUCCAGAUACUUCAUUCAACGGUGAACGCCGCUGUGGCUCUUCCCACCUUGGCAAUUGGCGUGUAUUCUUUGGUGCCUGCAAGCGGCGUGUUCCGGGACUACAAUUCCUCGAUCGACUUGGGGGCUGAGUUGUACUUGGCCUCGAGUGUGAAGGCAGCUGUUCUAGGAGGAGCAAUCAUGUUGACGCUGGAUUUGCUGCUCUUCUCGAGUGCUCGAGGUCUUGUUCAGCAUCAGCUGAAGCACACCCUGAAAAAGUCCAUGGGGCUACUCUCCAGGGUCAUGGGCCUGGAAAACACGGACAAAGGAUCUGCCAACGCAGAUGGAUCUUCAAACGAAGAGGCGUUCGUCUUGCGACAUCUAGAUGAUCUGAAGAGACUUUUGCCCAGUGCAGCGGAUGAGCCAGCCCCUAAAGGAAUUGAGUUUCCGUAUGAGCUCUUCGUAAACCUGGAGAGUUCCUUCCGUACAAUCGUAUCGCAGCUGGGCACGCUCGAGUGGCUCUUUGCCAUGAUCGGCGAGUCAGAGGCAUCGGUCCUGUCAGACAACCUGGACUUCAAGUCACUGCUGCUGGAGAUGGAAGAGUACUUCACAACGGAGCUUACCAGCGUGGACGUGAUGUUCAAAGACCUCUGCAAACGAGGGCUGCAAGCUUCGACCUUCGACAUCUCGGACGACACUGGUGCCGCUGCAAGCCUUCGACAUUCCAUUCUCCAGCGAGGCUCUGAUGCCUUGAGGUCCGCUGCCUCGACCCCCAAGAGCCACGCCUCGACCCGGAGAUUGUCCGGGCUCUUGGCAGCAGUGGGAACCCGUAAGCAAACCUUCCAGCAGCUGGUCGAGAAGAUGCGUGCAGCCGCCAUCACUCACCGUGGUGACAACCCACUCUCGGACUUGCUGUCCCAAGUCGAGCUGCUCCUGAGCGCGCUGCACACCUGCAGCAAGGCGGUCACCAACAUCCAGACUGCCCUGGCGCAGUACGGCUAG